AUGACCCCCCCGCCCUCUCUUUCUGACGUCCCAACGCAGAUGUGGUCCAAUUUUCAAGCCCCAGGGCCAUAUCUUCAUGAAGAACGCCUCCUACACGGGAAGCGACUCAAUGUGCGAUUACUCUCGUUGCUUCUGUGUCCAUACUUGGUUUUCUCGGGAUUCUCGAUCACAUCGGCGUUUUACGCAGUUCACAAUCUGGAACUCGUCAAAGCACCGACUGGAUUAUACUGCACUUUCGAUGCGGACGCUUUUUCUCGAUACAGCGUCCCUCUGUAUUGCGUAGUUGUGACCGUGCUGGUGAUCGCAGUGGAGGUGAUAAUGAUAUUUCAGUUCUGGGGGAUACGGAAUGCCGUGGACAAGGCAAUGCCCUUGAUGAAGAGAGAAAACGAGAUAGGUUGUUUGAUUCGCCUGAUGUUGUUCAACCUGGGGGCCAUGAUAAUCCUCAGUUGUGGUAUCUUCUAUGUAACGAAUGAUCUCAUAUCUUGGCCGUAUAUGGCGCAAUCUGCGGUUCCUUUGAUCUGCGUUCUCAUUUUCGGGAGUCAACCUGACAUUUUAGCAGCGUGGUGUUUCUGGAAACACCCUCGACAAACCGAAAUACCAAUACCCAGCGCUCGAACGGACGGGAUCAGUGAUUUUGAUCCUUCAGGGCAUGAAUACAUGCCCGUUCAAAGCGAUAGUAGUCGAUGGUUGUAA